AGAGUAGCAGCGAAUCCAUUGUUUCACAACCUGCAGAUUCUUUUUGCCAAAAUGCGAUUACCUUUUUAGUCCAUUUGUCCUCUCUCCCUCUUCGUUGCUCUCUCAACAAUACAAAAAUGUCUACUUCGCUUCUCCUUCCGACCGCUCUCUCUCCCUUCCGACUCGGUUCCAGACGCUAUGGCAAACGAGCCCUACUACCUCUCUGUCUCAAGCCCGCAAUCGAAAAUUCUACCGUUUUUAACCGGAGAAGAUGCUCUUCCAAUCUCACAUUCCAUCACUAUCCUUUGCUUUCCCGGAAAGUUCAUGUGGUCCGUACCUCGAUAAGAGACACAGAGGAGGCACCGGUAGUCGGCGAGGACUCGGCCGCGUUCGAUUUGGGAGAGCAGAAGCUAUCUUCGUGGAUUUAUUUUAGUGUUAUUCUUGGAGUUGUUCUGUUCGUUCUUGAUGUGGUUUGGAUUGAUAAUUCAACUGGGAUUGGCAAGGACUUCAUCAACUCUGUUUCUAGCAUUUCGGACAGCCCUGAGGUUGUGAUGUUGAUCUUAAUUCUCAUUUUUGCCACUGUCCACAGUGGCCUAGCAACUCUCCGAGACACGGGAGAGAAACUUAUUGGAGAACGUCCAUUCCGAGUUUUGUUUGCUGGGGUUUCUCUUCCAUUGGCUGUUAGCACUGUUGUGUACUUCAUCAACCACAGAUAUGACGGGUUGCAAUUAUGGCAGCUCCAAAAUGUUUCUGGUGUUCAUGAACUUGUGUGGCUCUCUAAUUUUAUCUCUUUCUUUUUGCUCUAUCCUUCUACAUUUAACCUAUUGGAAGUAGCAGCUGUUGACAAGCCCAAAAUGCAUCUCUGGGAAACGGGGAUCAUGAGAAUCACAAGGCACCCUCAGUUGGCUGGGCAGGUUAUUUGGUGCUUGGCUCAUAUGAUUUGGAUUGGGAACUCCGUAGCUGUUGCUGCAUCUGUUGGUUUAAUUGGGCACCAUUUAUUUGGUGCUUGGAAUGGCGAUAGGAGACUAGCCAUACGGUAUGGGGAGGCUUUUGAAGUUGUAAAGAAUCGAACAAGUAUAAUCCCAUUUGGAGCUAUCCUUGAUGGCCGUCAAAAGUUGCCUAAAGAUUACUACAAGGAAUUUAUCCGGUUACCAUAUUUGGCAAUCACAGUGUUGACCAUAGGUGCAUAUUUAGCACACCCACUUAUGCAGGCUGGCAGCUAUGGUCUUCAUUGGUAGAUUAUGUUCCAUCUUACAUGUAUCCAUAAUUGGCACACUAUAUAUAUGGUCGAAAAAAUUGUAAUUGUUGAUAAUGGGGCUCAUUUGUGUUCUCACUUGGAGAUGGAGGAUCAAUUGUGGUCAUAUAGAGUGUGAUAAAAGAAUAAAAUUCCUGAUCUGCUUUAA